UUUGGGGACAUUUUGUCCUUUUCCCACCAAUAUAUUUAGACUAUUCUCAUGAGUAAUUGUACUUCUUUCAGGUCACUAUGGCUGAAGCUGAGGAGAACCAUCAGAAGGAUGUAGAGACCAUCCAUCAGCUGGAGAAGGAGAAGUCUGACCUGACAGAAAAGGUGGAGACUCUGAGAGAGACAGUGGAGAAACAUCAGCAGGAUGUGGAGACCAUCCAUCAGCUGGAGAAGGAGAAGUCUGACCUGACAGAAAAGGUGGAGACUCUGAGAGAGACAGUGGAGGAACAUCAGCAGGAUGUGGAGACCAUCCAUCAGCUGGAGAAAGAGAAGUCUGACCUGACAAAAAAGGUGAAGACUCUGAGAGAGACAGUGGAGGAACUGGGGAACCAGCUCAUUGAGACACAUGUGCAGUGUGAUGAGCUCACGGAUGAGUGUGAGAGAGAGCGAGAGACUCACAACAUCCUCCAGUCCAAAUAUGAUGAGAUGAAGAAGACUCAGGAGAUACUGAAGAAGUGUGAGUUUGCAUGA